UCCCCCAAGGCUCCAGAGCCUUCACCCUCUCCCAAGGCUCCAGAACCCUCCCCCUCUCCCAAGGCUCCAGAACCCUCCCUCUCCCCCAAGGCUCCAGAGCCUUCCCCCUUUCCCAAGGCUCUAAGGCCCUCCCCUUCUCCCAAGGCUUCAGAACUCUCCCCCUUCCCCAAGGCUCUAAGGCCCUCCCCCUCCCCCAAGGCCCCAGAACCUUCCACCUCUCCCAAGGCUCCAGAACCCUCCCACUUCCCCAAGGCUCCAAGGCCCUCCCCCUUCCCCAAGGCUCUAAGGCCCUCCCCCUCUCCCAAGGGCCCAGAACCCUCCCCUUCUCCCAAGGCCCCAGAACUCUCCCCCUUCCCCAAGGCUCUAAGGCCCUCCCCCUUCCCCAAGGCCCCAGAACCUUCCACCUCUCCCAAGGCUCCAGAACUUUCCCCCUUCCCCAAGGCUCCAAAGCCUUCUGGCCUCACUAAGGCCACACCUGAACAGUCAGCUAAAGCCUUACCCAAACACUCCAAGAAAUCCUCAUUCCAUCCAACUACCAAGGCCUCAUCUCACCAGUCUACCAAGGACUUAGCAGCACACCCUAUUAAGGCCUCAGCCGACAAGGAUGUCAAGUCCACAGACACUUCACUCUCCAGUUACUACUCAAAGAAGACCUCACUCUCCUGGUCCCCCAGAGCCUUACCCAAACACUCCAAGAAAUCCUCAUUCCAUUCAACUACCAAGGCCUCACCUCACCAUUUCAUCAAGGCCCCAGUACCCUCCCCCUUCCCCAAGGGCCCACAACCCUCCCCCUCUCCCAAGGCUCCAGAACCUUCCCCCUCUCCUAAGGCUCCAGAACCCUCCCCCUUUCCCAAGGCUCCAGAACCUUCCCUCUUCCCCAAGGGCCCAGGGCCCUCCCCCAAGGCUCCAAAGCCCUACCCCUACCCCAAGGGCCCAGAGCCUUCCCCCUCCCCCAAGGCUCCAGAACCCUCCCUCUCCCCCAAGGCUCCAGAACCCCCUUACUUCCCCAAGGGCCCAGAGCCUUCCCCCUCCCCCAAGGCUCCAGAACCCUCUGGACCCACUAAGGCCACACCUGAACAGUCAGCCAAAGCCUCACCUAAAGGCUUCAAGAAGUGGGUGUUUUACCCAUUUACCAAAGCCUCCUCCAAACGAUCCAAGAAAUCCUCAUUCCAUCCAACUACCAAGGCCUCACCUGACCAUUUCAUCAAGACCCCAGAGCCCGAGCCCUCUCCCAAGGCCUCAGAGCCCUCCCCCUCCCCCAAGGCUCCAGAACCCUCCCUCUCCCCCAAGGCUCCAGAACCCUCCCUCUCCCCCAAGGCUCCAGAG